GUUGGUAAAAGAAGAACCUGGCAACUUGGACAGAAUCCCUGGUUGGCCAACCAUACCUUUUCUCUUUAGCAUAACAACCUUGCUGAAUUAGUUCGUAUUUCAUGAAAUUACGUCGUUAUCCUGUAAACUCGUGACUAGAAAUGAAUCAAGUUUCUUGUAUUUUGUGCCGGCGGUCGGAAGAAACGGAGGUAACCGGAGCUUUAUCGACGAAACAGGAAGUCACGGCGCAUCAAAACUGUUUGUUAUUCUCUUCUGGGAUUUUUUGCGAGAAUUCGCCGGAGUAUGACGACUUGUUUGGUUUCGCAGUGAGGAAAGUCUUGGAGGAAUACAAGAGAGGACGGAGACUGAGUUGCUGCCAUUGUAAGAAGAGUGGCGCAACUGCAGGCUGUGAAAUCCGAAAGUGCAAGAAGUCGUUCCAUUACCCCUGUGCCUUUGAGCGUGGAGCUAAGAUUGUUGAGGAUCACGAGAAGGGCAAAUAUGGGAUAUACUGCCCAGAUCAUAGGGAGUUGGUAAAUGGAGAGUCCAUCAAUGGAGAUGUGAAGCCUCAUUCCUCCAAAACUCCCAGCGUCGGCCGAUUUUCGAAGGCUCCAUCACAGAAGAGAAAAAGUAAUGAAGAUGCGUCAGCAGCUGGACCGUCUUCCCCCGGCCGCCAUUCAUGGAGCGGGUUCUCCACCUCCCCCAAGAGGAGACGUUUUACAUCCAGUAACGAUGAAAAAGAUGAGAAAAAUCAGCAAAAAAAAGAUGAGACCCCGAAACAGAACCCUGUGGAACACCAGCGUAGAGACAGUGAAAGAGAAGAAGAAGAAGAAGAAAAUAUCUCCCAAGUGAGGCAUAAAAGAUCAAGAAUAUUAACAGACGAUUCUUCUGACUCGGCCGGUGAUGGUCUCAUUGCACCCAUCGGAUCAGAUGAAAGCCUGAACUCUGUUCCAGAGGAGCAGUCACCUGAGCCACAGCCCACCAGCAGCGUGUCACAGACGCCUGUUGAAACAGAAAACCACCUUGACAAAAACGGAAUUUAUGAAGAUGAUGACAAAACCAUAUCCGAUGCUGAGUCAGAGAGUUUGCUGAGUCAUGUGAUGACUUCCUCCAGGCGUCGGUCCAGCUCUGAAAGCGCUCAAUUCAGCGUGGCGGUUCAGACCAUCAAGAGGGAAUGUGAGGAGUUCAGUAUCCCGGUCGACCAUUUUCACAGACCUGAAGGAGAAGACGUCGGUGGCUACACCGACUACUCUCCUGUUCCACGUCGCUCCAGUCCUUCCUUCGAUGUCCCUUCCUGUGCCGCCUCAACCGUUGACCAGAACGGCGUGGCCGAACCUGCACCCACCAGCGUGACCGUCCCCUUCUCGACCUUUCUCCCCCCACCUCUGUCACCACCGCCCCCCAAUGAGGGGCCCACAAACGACUCGGUCAGCUUUUGGAGAAAAUGCAACUCAGCCAAAUGCACGCAGGACAUCUUCAACGACUUCAUUAGAUGGUUAAAUAUUGUCUCCAGUAGAAUUCAGGCAGACGAGGCCAGUCAGGAGGAAUGUGAGCGUGCUCUGUCGGUGAUGAAGGCUUCAGGUCAGCUGGAGAACAUUGUGGCUGCACAGCAAAAAGACUUACAAAGACGGCUCACAGAGCUGCAAGCAGCAACAGCAGCCAUGGAGGAGGUGGUUUCAGCGCUGAGAUGAGUCCAGCAGAAGUCUUCUUCUUCACCUUUCAACUGCUCUCUUUAGCCAAUCAUCCACCUCCAUCCAACCCUCUCGUCUGCAUCCUUCUGGCUCACUCAAUAAGUCCUCCUCCUGCCUUCCACUCCUCAAGCUGCAGCAGUCACUUUAGGUCUCCUUCAAGUUUCCAGGAGAAAUGCAUGACUCUCAGCGCUACAGGUGAGAGCUGGGCGAUAUGGCCAAAAAAAUAAAAUCAGAUUUUUUUUCUUC